UGAAGAUGAUGGACGACAGCACCAAUGGAAUGCCCCAUCCAGUGCCACUUUUUAUGGCUUAGCUUGAUCAUCCUAUCCUAGAGAAGCACUGCUUCUGAAGCAGACGCGCUGCUUCUAGAGAAGCACGCAGGCACCUUAGAGCUCCUCUGCUUUCUUAAAUAUUCAUAAGUGUAUGAUGUAGAUGUAGUUGUGGGCGUCCGGGGCUUAGUUGUGGUCCGACCUCGUGGUCUACUUCUAGAACAGGAGGCAUUUUACCACUUCCAAGAGAUAGAUAUUCGUCAGCUUGUUCUCCUCCUCCGCAUAAUAUUUGUUGCAUGUGCUAAAUCUUGAGUAGUUAGAGCCGUUAUUUGCUCGAACUCGUCUCACGCUCACCGUUAGUGUUGUAGGACAAUUACUUAUAACUUCUUCAUCUUCAUCUUCAAAGGAGAAGCAAUUUUUCCAACUUCUUCUAGAGAAGACCACGAUCAUAAAAGAUUUUCUUCAGAGCAAGGAAGCCUCUAUUUUGCACUGCUUAUUUUCAGAUCUUUUGCCCUCCUGGCACUAGUACCUCUAACGUUUGCUAGCGAGAGACCUCGGUCCGGUUCUGGUGCAAGCAACUCUUUUGCGUGGAGACCUACGUGCCUUCGAGGUCGCUGCAGUGGUGUUCAAGCACUUGGAGUUCUUUGUCCUUCAUGAAGCGAUAGUGAAAAUCCGUGAUACGCAUACGCCUGAAUCAUCUUCGACUCCGAAUGGAGUCGUGGCUCCAGUGGGGGCUGCGUUCACCCAAGUGAAUGACCUGGCUCCUCAGACUGAGGAUAAAGUCUCGAGUCCAGAUGAUGACGCAGCGUCAUUCCUCGCAACCAAAGCUGCAGAGGGUAAUAAACAUUCUCUUUUUCAUUGAUUUUGGAAACAAGGAGCUUGAUGAGUAGAGUCCGAGGACCAGUCUCGCUAGAUUCUUUCUAGUAUGAAACGAUAACAACACACACCUUAGACCCGAUCCGAUUCGCUCUGGGUAUGUCAUCAUCAUCAUCAUCAUCAUCAUCAUCGUCAACACUUUCCCCGGAGGGAGAUGAAAGUAAGGACCAGUUCGAUACUUUUCUAAAUGUUAGUUUCUACUCUAGAAGAGGCUCAAAAAUUACUAUCUUUAGCAUACUCCUUAUACUGCAAAAAUUACUAGUAUCUGGAACUUCAGACUCUCUUCGGACAGAUUACACAUGAAGAUGUGUUACUAAUUAUAUGUCUAUUUAUAACAUGAACAAGGUACCGCACAUGCAGCAGCUGCACCAGCACGACCAGUUUCCCCGGGGGAAGAUGAAAGUAAGGAGGCCAACAAGGACAAGAAGGAUAAUUCCGAAAUAGACUACUGUGAGGCUGUUAUCACCGCCUAUGCCGAGUUUCUUACGGAUUCGCAGACCGGAAUCGUUCUUCAGCCUCCCAAUGGAAUCCAACAGAUGCAGAGCACGGCAAUGGUGUACACCAACCCGAUGGAGAAAAUCUUCCAGGUCUUCUUCGCUGGAGAUACCGUCGAUUUUAUGGCAGUAGCUCUGAGACAACAAGUCGUGAAGGAAUAGAAGAUUGCAGCAAUUAUUGAUAUUAGCAAUGCUAUAGGAAGGAGUCAGCAAUUAUUGAUAGCAAUGCUAUAUCCGCUAUCGUCUAAAGCCAUCAUAUCAUAGAAGAUCACUCUUUCUUGCUAAUGAUGCAUUUGAUGAAGCACUGACGCGACUGGAAUCCCUCUUCCCGGCUGACGCGGCUGCUGUGUCAAAGGGGAGGACCGGUGAAGUGUUUAUUUCCAGACUGAGGAUUCUGGCGGAUAUUGCGUAUGAUGAAUCAAGUUUAAGGGUUGAAGCAUUUCAUUUCUAGGAGACAUUUCUCACUGUUUCCACCUUGAGAAGGUGAGAAAAUGAAGGCAAGACCAAAGAAUGAAUUGUCUCAACCUUUAACAAGUCCGGAGGAAAGCAAAGGCGAACAAGAAGAGAAAAAAAACUCUGAUGAAGAUGAUACUAGCUCCUUUGUCUCUACUAGUACGUCAUCUUCACACCCAAGGGAUAGUAGCUCCUUUGACUCUAGUACGUCAUCUUCAGACUCAAGGGAUAGUAGCGGACGGCUACAACGACUGGUCGCGUACUUAUCCACGACGCAUGCUUUGGACAAGAAAGUGAAACGCUCGGCUUCGCUAUGCAUGGGGCCCAAACUACUCAAGAAAGGCGGCACACAUGACGAUCAACCACAAAAAGCUGGUGAUGAUAAACAACAUCAUCAAGAACAAAGCGAGGCAUCAACAGCAUCCGCAUCAUCCUAAGGCGUCACGUAAUCGACGAUCUUUGAUUUCAUCUCUUCUGGGCUGUUUUCAAAUACUGAGAAAAAGGGGCACUAGUACAGUUCUCAUUAUGUGAAGUUCUAAUCAACAUCGUUCUUGAGAGCUGAAGAUGAUGGCGCUGGUGGGGACAGAAGUGCCGCAAUUUCUAGUACGAAUAUAAUCAUCAAGGCACGUGCGAAGGAGCUCUUCCGCGACCCUGAUUAAGGCUCCUGCUCAUGAUAUAAAUAUCAAUAUAAUUGUUCUAUCUUAUUGAAAAUUAUUCUAAUUUUUGGUCUACUUGUUAAACGCCGUCUAGUCCAUUCUUCGCCAUUAUUCUAGUUUUUGGUCUAGGACUCGACACAGGUCCGCCACACGAGAGUGUCUCGUCAUCAUCUGCGUGCUUACAUCUGCAUGCCCUUGCAAAAAAAAAUUUGCAUGACUUGCGUUUCUACUUCAUCUGAGACAGCGGAAAUUUCUCAGUAGGACUAACUGGAGGACUUUGCUCCCUAGAUUAGAACUAGUUGCGACUGCGAUAGUAAUAGAAAAAGGCACGCGAAGGGCUUUCUCCGGACUCUCCUCCGCGAAACCAGUCUCCGGCGUUUCUGAGACCACGGGACUGAAAAAGUCUCAUGUCCGCCGCGGACUUCAGGACUCUUAGACUGCUGAGUCCUGAGGUCCGCCGCAGGCCCCAGAAAUCUCAAAGGCCCCUGUGGAGAACCCGCCUCGUGCAUUUUUGAGUCCAUGGGACUCAAAAAUGCCUCAUGUCCGCCGCGGACCUCAGAAAUCUCAACGCGGCCCUCUGCGAGGAACCAGUCUCAGGCGUUUUUGAGUCAUGGGACCCAAAAAUGUCUCAUGUCCGCCGCGGACCUCAGGAUUCUGAGACUGCUCAAAAUCCUGAGGUCCGCGGCGGGUCUCAGGGGUUUUCCCUGUCCUCGGACAGACCGAGUCGACCCUACUGGGCCUGUCCAAGGACAGAAAAAACCCCUGAGGUCCGCCGCGGGCCUCAGGAUUCUGAGCAGUCUCAGAGUCCUGAGGUCCGCGGCGGACAUGAGGCUUUUUUGAGUGUUGUGGACUCAAAAAUGCUUGAGACUGGUUCUUCACAAGGGCCUUUGAGAUUCCUGAGGUCCGCCGCGGACCUCAAAACUGUGAGACUGCUUAUAGUCCUGAGGUCCGCCGCCGCUGCGGGCAUAGGUGUCUGCUACGCCAUUUUCUGCUGGGGCUCUGGGGUGAUGAGUGUUUUUUUUAGGAGCUUGAGAUGGAGUUAUUGCGGGUGGUGGAGGCGAGCGCCAACGAUCUGGCAGUGGGGGAGGGCGCUCCUUGGCCGAUUCUUGUGGAAUCUAAUCAAAGGCUGUCCCUCUGAGUUGCUGCGGGGUUAAUCUGAUGCCCCCACUAGAAGUAGCCCAGUCCUAUGCACUGGGAAGCUUCCGCUGAAUUGAGACGCAUUUCCACUAGUCAGGAAAAUUUGUAUAGAAAUCCUACGGAAGGAUUUCUGUAGAGGCGAGUAAAAUGCCAAGACAGCGAGGCUGAGGCACUAGUAUUUCCUCAUCAUCGUCAUCUCUUGGCAAGAGUAAAAUAUCAUUACAUUACUAAUUAAGUCCUUAACUCGUACCUCAUCAGAGUUCUAGUCUUAUCCAUGUUCGAUCCGCUAGGGUUUAGCUAUUGUCUCUCGGGGUACGUCAGACAUGGCCCGUCAUUGUUCUACUUACGGGCCGCCGACUAAUCCGCCCGUGGGGCUUAGGCUCUAGCUUUUCUACAGCGGUGGCCGUUGUGCUUCAUCGUUUGCGUAGUCGUAGCGCCUGGCCGUUGUGCUUUAGGCUUCCCGCGGGGUAAUUAAGUGGACCUAUAGCGGGAAACUGUAGACCCAGGGCCCAAAAAAAUAAAACCUCAUGCUAGGAACCACGUGAGUAAGUGCAUGAGUGAGUGACUGAGUGGGGCACUGCAUCAACAUCCGGCCGAUGGCCUCGCAUCCUCGUUUGGGAUGCAGUACGAUGAUGCCUAGUUUGGGCUCCUCCAACCAUCACUUAUGGCAAUUAGCAAUUCGUUUUCGUCGACUCUUCAAGAGCUCUAACGCAGGUUCUACAAAAACGCAGUUGAUCGAUUCGACGCUCUGCACUACUCGCAACCGACACCCCAGGUCAACAAGAAUGGCAAAACUUUACGAAGAACUUUUCGACUACUAAAGUACUGUUCUUGAAGGACUCGUCGUCGUCCUCGCCUUGAAGGACUCCUUGAAGGACAAGGACUUCAUUCCCAGAACUUUUACUCGUCCUUAGAUGAACUACCCUGUAAAUCUAAAUACCUUGUUUUUGAGGGUUCUUCAGUGAGAAACUUGUAAAUUUAACAACUGUGGAAUACAACUCACUAGAAGUAGAGGUAAUUUGCUGUAGAAGUAGAACAAAUUCAGAGUCGUUUGACGAAGUACGGCAUUUUUCACCGAAGGGUCACAAUAUUCAAACCAAAGAACAUCAGGAAAGAGAAAGACGCGACUCUUAAUAACGCCUGUCUAAUUUUUUUAGAGGAGGAGUUAUUAGAGCAGCUUGCGGAGGCGGUGAAGCGGCGCGAGCGCCAAAGGGCAGUCGAAGAGGAGGAAGCGCAAGAGCUAAAGACCCUUUUAAGAGGACGGCUGUUCUUAUCGAUCCUUGUUGAUCUACUUCAGACCACGACGUUUAUUUUGAUUGAGCUCAAAUUUUCAGCAUCAUACUGUUAUUGAGAUUGUUGACGGUCUCGUCUUUCGAUCUGAUUCUCAUGAUCUUCAUUGAAAAUAUGAAUAUUAACUGAUCUCGCAGUAGAUAAAGUAGCGAGGGCCCUUCUCUCUGGUUUUGGGUUUAUUUGGUGAACCGGUACCCCAUAGCGAGUAUACCUGUGCACGCAACCAGAGAGCUGAGCACUCACCGGAGGCGUUGCACAGGGCUCCGGCCUGCCUUUGAAGGUGAGACCUGUGCGGCUGACAGGACGACGAUAGCGCCGGCGCUUAAUUAGUUUUAGCUGUUAGCAGGAUACUUCAGGAUACUUGUUGAUAGUUGCCCUGUUCUCUUUUCUAUCUUCCUCUGGUCUGUCUUUUUUCUAGUUAGGUCGGCUCCACCACGACAAAUAUUAACUGAUCUGCAUUACCAACCCUUUUCUCUUAUAUAAAUAUUAACUGAUUUUAAUGAUAAUUACCCUUUUCUCUUUUCCAUCUUCCUCUGGUAUUUAUUUUUUCUAGUUAGGUGCGUGGGCUCCACUACAAUACUAACUGAUCAUCAUCCAAAACGGUGGCUGGUAAGGAAAAGCAUACCUAGAUGAAUAACCAUGAUGCUGGCAAUACUCUCUCACUCCUUCUAACAAGAUGAAUGAGAAGGCCCUCAUGGAAAUAGUAUAGUAGAAAUAGAAUUCGAACAUUAAUUGAUAGAACCACUGUGGCCCUGGCCGCUGCUAGCUAAGAAUAUUAUUCGAUAAGUACCCGGCUUUUUGGCUCUCCUUAGGAGGUACUGCAAUAUUGGAUGGCCUCACAAGCAGAAGACACUAACAGCUACGUAAGCGGCGCCAUGACAUGCCAGUAUUUCACUUAUUUCAAAAUAGAGUCUCUUUCGUUCGGUAGAACGAGAAGUGGUAGUUUGCGCUGUUUGCACUGUGCCUCAGCCUCUACUAAGCACAACCGAAGUCCAUGUGGACGAGGACGACGAGGAGGAAUACGAGCUGAAGGUGAAGCCGAUAUCACCUAUAGGCGACGGCGACGCACGUAACACGGAGUCCGUCAAAGACUCGGGUGGAGUAGGAAGCGGCUCGGAAUCGCCAGCAGGUGGAAGCGGUUCGGAACCUCCUGCAUCAGGCAAGGGCUCGAAGCUACCCGGCAAGGCCGCGAACGCACGACAAGACCAGGACGCGAACGCACCACCUAGCACGGAGUCCGCCAACGACUCGGGUG